AUGGGCAACUGCAGCAGCUUUACUCUUCCAAAAGGGGGAAGCAAGCUACUCAAUAAUGGCAUGGUUUCGAUCGAUGAGGAUGGAACUCAUGAAGGAAUAAAGACAAUUCCAAUUCAGAAAGCAUGUGAAUUCACCACUAACUCUGUGCUCUGCGUUUGCAUCAUCACAUGGAACAUGAAUAGCAAGAUGUCUGUGGAGGAUGUAACGAAAUUGGUGAGCUCCAACAGAAAGUUCGAUUUGCUAGUUGUUGGACUGCAAGAAGCACCAAAAUCAGAUGUUUCGCAAGUUCUGCAAGAGGCUUUGGCAGAGACACACGUGCUAUUGGAUCAGAAGAGCAUGCAGUCUCUUCAGAUGCUUCUUUUUGGAUCGAGGAGUUCGGAGAAGUACAUCAGAGAGAUGAAGGUGGACAAACAUGCGGUUGGAGGUUGCGGGGGUAUCAUUGGGAGAAAGAAAGGAGCAGUGGCCAUGUACAUCAACUUCAGUGGGAUCCGGAUGGUUUUUGUGUCCUGCCAUCUUGCAGCUCAUGAACACAAGGUGGAGAAGAGGAACUCAGAAUUCCAGCAUAUUUCACAAUCACUCUUCUCCAAGUAUGGCACACCAUACGCCCAGUCUGCCGACAUAACAGUGUGGUUCGGCGAUCUCAACUAUAGACUCGAAGGAAUAAGCUCGAUACCUGCAAGGAAGAUGAUUGAGGAGAACCGUCAGAGUAAGCUAAGAGGCAAAGACCAGCUUCUGCAAGAAGCUGAGAAGGGCGAAGUGUUCAACGGGUACUGCGAAGGGACCCUGUCGUUUAAGCCGACGUACAAAUAUGACGUCGGGAGCAGCAUCUACGACACAAGCUCUAAGAUACGAGUGCCUUCUUGGACAGACAGGAUACUGUUCAAGGUUGGCCAUUCUUCAGGCUUGGAUGCAGUUUUGAGCUCAUAUGAAUCCCUCGACUGUGUUCGGAGCUCCGACCACAAGCCUGUGAAAGCGCAUCUUUGUCUCAGAGUACGCAGUGACGGUGAUGCUGACUAA